CAUUUUUGGUUAUAAUAUAUUCUCUGUGAUUUUUUCUUCAUUUGUUUGUCGUCAAUCAUGGCUUCGCAGCUCCUCAGACGCGCCCUCGGAAGCCGCUCGGGUCAGAUCUUCUCCCUUUCAUCUGACCUUAGCUCCUCCGCUCCCGUCCCCUUGAGGGCUUUCUCUUCCGCCGCUUCUCCGAUCCGAGCUACUCUCUUCCCCGGCGAUGGUAUUGGUCCCGAAAUUGCCGAGUCCGUCAAACAGGUAUUCAAUACUGCUGAAGUGCCUAUCGAAUGGGAAGAGCACUACGUCAGUGACCAAAUAGAUCCUCGAACUCAAAGUUUUCUCACAUGGGAAAGCUUAGAAUCAGUGAGACGUAAUCGUGUGGGCUUGAAAGGACCCAUGGCCACACCAAUUGGAAAAGGCCAUCGUUCUUUGAACCUUACCUUAAGGAAGGAACUUAAUCUGUAUGCUAAUGUAAGGCCUUGUUACAGCCUGCCUGGUUAUAAAACUCGAUAUGAUAAUGUAAAUCUUAUCACUAUCCGUGAGAACACAGAAGGGGAGUACAGUGGACUUGAACAUCAAGUGGUGAGAGGUGUGGUUGAAAGUCUUAAGAUCAUUACCCGUCAAGCAAGUUUAAGGGUGGCAGAAUAUGCUUUUCACUAUGCCAAGACUCAUGGAAGAGAAAGAGUCUCCGCGAUACACAAAGCCAACAUUAUGCAGAAAACUGAUGGUCUUUUUCUUAAGUGUUGCCGUGAAGUUGCAGAGAAGUAUCCUGAGAUAAAGUACGAGGAAGUUGUCAUUGAUAACUGCUGUAUGAUGCUUGUGAAGAAUCCAUCUCUCUUUGAUGUAUUGGUGAUGCCUAAUCUUUAUGGUGACAUUAUCAGUGAUCUCUGUGCUGGGCUGAUUGGAGGAUUGGGCUUAACGCCAAGCUGUAAUAUUGGUGAGGGAGGUAUUGCUCUUGCUGAGGCUGUGCAUGGUUCAGCACCAGAUAUUGCUGGAAAGAAUUUGGCAAAUCCAACUGCAUUGCUUUUGAGUUCUGUCACAAUGCUUCGCCAUUUGGAGCUCCAUGACAAAGCUGAUCGGAUUCAAGAUGCUAUUCUCAAGACCAUUGCGGAAGGGAAGUACCGAACAGCUGAUCUCGGCGGUUCAUCAUCAACUACCGUGUUCACGAACGCAAUUUGCGACCAUCUUUGAGGAAUGUUUUACAUUAUUUGCACUGUGGUCUUACAAGUUGUUUAUAGGGAACCUUUAUGGAGGAUUCCUUCAUAUGUUUUUCGUGGUUUCUCUGAAGAGUAAUAAGUUCAGAUCAUAUUGAUGACUCUGAAGUAGCUUAUCCCAAGGUGCUACUCUUUUAACCAUUGAUCCUUUCCUGGCCAUCCAAAGAAAAACUGUUAUGGCCCUAUUCAUGUACAAUGUCAGAUGAUUGAGAUCUGUUAAAAUUUGUUUCUACGAAAACCUGCGGUUUUUUCCCUUUUCAUUCCAAAUUUUUGGGUCAAUUCUAGUCUCUGUCAAUGUAGUUUGUAAAAGACUCAAAAAGAAUAAUCUUCUUGUCCUUCCGAUCCAGUAAAUUAUUAUU